GAGAGAGAGAGAGCAGUGGACCAAGGAAAUGGAGCCCGCCAUGGGAAUUUUUUAUGUAACUUCCGGGAGUAGAGUGAGAAAUAUUUUUGGGGAAUUGUUAUGAGAAAGAAAAAAAAGUCAGUUGGGAAAUUUGGUAGCAACAAUUUGUUUUUUUUUUUUUUUGGUUGCUCAAGACAAAGAAUCCCUUUUUAGUCCCUCCAAAUCAUACCCAUCAACACCUUCAAACCCAAAACCUUUUUUUCUCUGUGUUUGGUUGUUUUCUGGGUUCAAACUUUGAUAAAUCUCUUUAUAUUUUUUGUUCUUGGUACGUUUUCAUGGUGAUAGGAAAAGGAAACAAGAGAAUGAAAAAGAGAGCUGAAUUUUGAUAGAGUUGGGUUCUAGAAAGGGAAAGUUGAAUUGGGUUUUUGAUGAAAAAGGCGCUUUUUUUUUCCUUUUUUUUUCUUUGUUUUGGGUAAAGAAGAGGGAGAGUUUCUUGUAGAGAGAGAGAGAGGAUAGAAUUUGUUUGUUUGCUGGAGAUUUAGAGAGACAAAGUUGAAUUGGGUAAUGGGUAGAAUGUGAUUUUGUUGAUUGGGUUGCGUAUUCAGAGAGAGAGAGUUAUUGAGGUAGAGUGAGAAUUUUGAUUAAAGUUUCGCAACUGAAAAAAAAAAAUUUGCGUGGAAAAGGAAAAGUUUCUGAGAGAAAAUUCGAUUGAUUGAUUGGUUGGUAUGAAAAUUUCGAUGACGGAAUGCUUCAAGAUGUAGAACCAUGGCUGUGUUGAGUCCUGUUGCUUCAAUUUCGCAAAACGUGGAUCGAAUAAGGUAUCCUGACCUUUCAGACAUCAUGUCUAGUAGAGGAGAGAUCAUAGAGGAGCCAGUGACCCGGGUGGUCGAAAAUAUAAUAUACGUAGCGGUCGGAAAAGAUUUGAAAGAAAGCAAAUCAACGCUGGUUUGGGCUCUACAGAACUCAGGAGGGAAGAAGAUUGGCAUAAUUCAUGUUCAUGUGCCUGCACAAAUGAUUCCUCUGAUGGGUACAAAAUUCCCUGCAAGCUCACUGAAGGAACAGGAAGUUAAAGCAUACCGCGAAAUCGAAAGGCAAAACAUGCUCAAGAUCCUGGAUGAAUACCUUGUUCUUUGUCGGCGGAUGGGGGUACGGGCAGAGAAACUGUAUAUCGAAAUGGACAGUAUUGAAAAGGGAAUUGUUGAGCUCAUCUCCCAGCAUGAUAUCAGGAAACUAGUAAUGGGAGCAGCAGCAGACAAGUCACACUCAAGGAGAAUGAUGGACCUGAAAUCUAAGAAAGCAAUCUAUGUUCGGGAACAAGCACCUGUUUCUUGUCAUAUACAUUUUAUUUGCAAGGGUCACCUAAUUUAUACCAGGGAAGCUGUAGAUGGAGCUGUUGUUGAGGUCAAAGCUUCACCGCUGCAAUCAACUCCAAGUCUGAACUCUGAAACUGGACCGACACACUUGAGAUCGCAAUCUGUUAAUCUGGGGCAGAGUAAUCGAGUGAAACUCACCAAUCCAGCUCAAGAUUUAUUCCGUAGGGUAAGAUCAGCAAAUAUUGAGAAAUCCGGUGGGAGCAUUGCAGAAUCCAUAGACAAUAGUGAGGAGCUUAUAAAUCCAAGGGGCAGAACGACUGCAGAAGUUAGUUAUGAUGAAUGGGAUAGGUCAUCAAGAAGGAGUUAUUCUCCUGGUUCGAAUUAUUCAGCAUCCUCUGAUGUAGCUUCGGUCCCAUUGGUGAGGACUGCAAGGAGUGAAAGUGGGUCAGACUUAAGUGCACUUCCUCAUUUAAAAGAAGAUCUCCACCAUUCUUCUCCACCAAGUGUAUUACAGGAUGGAAGUAUUGAUGAAGCACUUUAUGAUCACCUUGAACAAGCGCUGGCUGAGGCUGAAAAUGCAAAACGAGAAGCAUUUCAUGAGGCAGUCAGGCGUGGAAAAGCUGAAAAGGAUGCUAUUGAUGCUAUACGGAGGGCUAAAGUAUCAGAGAGCUCGUAUGCUGACGAGUUGAGACAAAGGAAAGAAAUUGAGGAAGCACUAGCAAAAGAGAGAGAAGAACUUAAUAAAAUCAAGAACCUACACAAUGAAGCCAUGGAAGAACUGAAGGCUGCCCAUAAUCAGAAAACCUUGCUGGAGACCCAAAUUGAAGAAUCUAAUGAGAUGGUAAAAGAACUGGAAGAAAAAAUUUUCUCUGCCGUUGAGCUGCUAAAGAAUUACAAAAAAGAACGGGAUGAGUUGCAGAUAGAGCGUGACAAUGCACUUAGAGAAGCUGAGGAGCUGAGGAAAAAACAAGGAGAGGCUACAAGCACACACAUGCCUCAGUUCUUCUCUGAGUUCUCAUUCGCUGAAAUUGAAGAAGCUACUCACAACUUUGAUCCAUCUCUGAAGAUUGGAGAAGGUGGAUAUGGAAGUAUCUAUAAAGGUCUAUUGCGUCACACCCAAGUUGCCAUAAAAAUGCUAAAUGCAAAUAGUAUGCAGGGCCCCUCAGAGUUUCAGCAGGAGGUUGAUGUCUUGAGCAAGUUGAGACAUUCCAAUCUAGUAACACUUGUUGGAGCCUGCCCUGAAGCUUGGACUCUCAUUUAUGAAUAUCUCCCCAAUGGGAGCCUUGAAGAUCGCCUCAGCUGCAGGGACAAUACUCCUCCAUUAUCAUGGCAAACUCGAAUACGAAUUGCAGCAGAGUUAUGCUCUGUUCUCAUCUUUCUUCAUUCCAGUAAACCUCACAGUAUAGUACAUGGUGAUGUGAAGCCCGCCAAUAUUCUUCUUGAUGCCAACUUUGUUAGCAAACUAAGUGACUUUGGAAUCUGUCGUCUAUUAUCUCGUGUUGAAAGUUCCAGCAAUAAUACGACACUGUGCUGCAGAACUGAUCCAAAGGGUACUUUUGCAUACAUGGAUCCUGAGCUCCUAUCAACUGGAGAGCUUACUCCAAAAUCAGAUGUUUAUUCUUUCGGAAUUAUAUUGUUGAGGCUACUGACUGGUAAGCAAGCCUUGGGAAUUACAAAGGAGGUGCAAUAUGCUAUAGAUGCUGGAAAGUUAAAAACACUUUUAGAUCCUUUAGCUGGAGACUGGCCAUUUGUGCAGGCAGAACAGUUGGCUCAUUUGGCGUUAAGAUGUUGUGAAAUCAACCGUAAGAGCCGGGCAGAUCUUUCAUCAGAUGUUUGGAGGAUGCUUGAACCAAUGAGGGCUUCUUGCCGUGGUUCAUCAUCUUUCCGUCUGGGUUCUGAAGAGCACUGUCAGCCGCCUUCAUAUUUUAUAUGUCCCAUUUUCCAGGAAGUAAUGCAAGAGCCACAUGUUGCAGCAGAUGGAUUUACUUAUGAAGCAGAGGCACUAAGGGGAUGGCUGGAUAGUGGACAUGACACAUCACCUAUGACAAAUCUUAAGCUCGAACAUUUCAGUCUCGUCCCCAACCAUGCUCUUCGCUCUGCAAUUCAGGAGUGGCUACAACAGCAUUGAUAUUUUUAUGAGCUUUUGUUCAACAUAUUUUCUAUACUCCGUACGAGAAAAAUUAUACAAUAUAUAUAUAUAUAUAUAUAGUAAUAUGCAAAUAUGAUUUAUGGUUUUCUUCUAUCCCACGUUGGCUUUAGCAUUUGAAAGUUAAAUGUAGAACUCUGUUGCAACAUUAUAUUCUCAUCCUGUUGUACAUAGAAAACAGGAAAGAUGGUCGUUUUAGAUUAUACAUUUGAUUCUCCUAUUGUAUAGAAGAAGAUGCAUAUUUGUUCCAAAUGGUAGUUCAUAUUCUUUUAUAGCUUUAUAA